CGUUGCAAGGUAUUUAUUAGAGGGGGUCUCCUCGUUCGUACCAUUAGAAGUGGCGGCAACUUGUGGCGCGAAAAGAAGAUGAGUUCAGACGCUCCAUUGCCCAAAUGGGCUUCAGAGCCUUGCAUUAUGGGCAUCGAUGAGGCUGGAAGAGGCCCUGUUUUAGGUCCCAUGGUCUAUGGAUGUCUGUAUUGUGCCGUCUCCUAUCAAAAGACUCUAGCUUGCCUGAAUUUUGCAGAUUCGAAGACUCUAAAAGCGGAAAAGAGGGAGGAAAUAUUUGAUAGUUUAAAGUCUAAUAGCUCAAUUGGAUGGGCUGUUGAUGUUAUAGAUCCGAAGGAGCUUUCAGCCAAGAUGCUAAAGAAAAAUAAAAUAAACCUAAAUGAAAUAUCACAUGAUUCUGCCAUUGGUCUUAUUGCUAGAGUACUUGGUAUGGGAGUUCUUCUAACUGAGGUCUAUGUGGAUACUGUUGGUGAUGCCGAAAAGUAUACUAUAAAAUUGUCUGAAAGAUUUCCUGGUGUCAAGUUCGUCGUUGCAAAGAAAGCUGAUAGUCUCUAUUCAGUUGUCAGUGGAGCAAGUAUAGUUGCAAAGGUGACAAGAGACCGAGCUUUGCAUGGCUGGGUGCUUGAAGAAACAGCAGAGAAAAUGCAUAGGAACUUUGGAUCCGGUUAUCCUGGAGAUCCUGAAACUAAAGCUUGGUUAGAACAUCACAAACACCCAGUAUUUGGAUUUCCUACAUUGGUCCGUUUCAGUUGGGGUACAUGCACUUCCUACUUCAAGGACAAUGUCGAAGUCCUAUGGGAAUCUGAUAAGGUAGAUGAGGAAGAAGGCUCCUGUAGUCGAAAACGCCAAUUGAAGUUAAGUAGUCUUGGUUUCACGGGAUCUAAGAGGAAGGUCGAGGAAGUUGAAUCUAGUGGUAAAGGUCGUUGCAUGUUCUUCCAGACGCGCAAACUUGAGCAGAUGACUCAUUUCUGAGAAACAGAAUUAUAUUGUUUUACCUAGUGGAUUUUUAGGUGUGUUUGUUACUAAGUUACCAGAAUUUGUUGGAAGUCCAAAUUUUUUUAGUUUUAAUAUAAUCAGCGUUAGAACUGUA